GUAGCCGAGCCUGCCUAGGCAGACGCAGUCCGGGCCAGCCCACUGUCCGCAGUCCGAUCCGGUCCAGUCCGCUGUCUGUAGCCGGUUCGCUGCUCUCGCCGCUGCUGUCUCUCCCUCUGCCCGGGCCGGUGCCGGUGCCUGUGUCACCGCCGGGACCGCCCCCCGCCCGGCACAAGAUCCCAGGACUUUGGUGCUGCGGGAGCGUGACUCAGGAAGCCAGCCUGGGAUGCCAUGGCCCCCACCAAGGCGGACGUGGAGAAGCCGGGGACUCCUGGCCCAGAGAAGUCCUGGAAGUUCCUGGUUUUCUACCUCUGCUUUUAUGGCUUCAUGGUUCAGAUGCGGCCUGGGGAGAGCUUCAUCACGCCUUACCUGCUGAGCCAAGAACAGAACUUUACCCAAGAGCAGGUCACCAACGAGAUCACGCCCGUCCUGACCUACUCAUACAUGGCAGUCCUAGUGCCCAUCUUCCUGCUCACAGACUACCUGCGCUACAAGCCGGUGCUGGUCCUGCAGAGCCUGAGUUAUCUGUCCGUGUGGAUGUUGCUGAUCUUUGGCUCCAACAUCCUCUCCAUGCAGUUCAUGGAGUUCUUCUUUGGCAUCACCAUGGCAGCCCGGGUGGCCUAUUCCUCCUACAUCUUCUCCCUCGUCAGCCCUGCACGCUACCAGCGGAUGGCAAGCUACUCACGCUCAUCCGUGCUCAUGGGAGUCUUCACCAGCUCUGUGCUGGGCCAGAUCUGCGUCACCGUGGGCAAGGUCCCCUUCAUCACCCUCCACUACAUCUCCCUAGGCUUCAUGGUCUUCGGGCUGGUGCUGACACUUUUCCUGAAGCGGCCCAGGCGGAGUCUCUUCUUCAACCGCCCCCAUGAGUCUGUGUGCAAUGGGGCCUCGCCCUCUGAACUGGACCAGAUGAACCCGGGAGAGGUGAAGUCCCCAGUGGGCAAGCCCAGGUGGCAGUUCCUGGCCGUCUGCAGGAACUCAGUGCUGGUGCGGAUGCUGAUGGAGCUUGGGGACAUUGUCCGCAUGCCGCAGCUGCGCCUCUGGUCCCUGUGGUGGGUGCUCAACUUCGCUGGAUACUACCUGGUCUUGUAUUAUGUCCAUAUUUUGUGGAGUGAGGUGGACUCCACCAAGGUCUACAAUGGGGGCGUGGACGCUGCUGCAACUUUGCUCGGGGCCCUCACCUCCUUCACGGCAGGCUUUGUGAAGAUCCGCUGGGUGAUGUGGUCAGAGCUGGUGAUCGGAAGCAUCACUGUCCUUCAGGCUGGACUCAUUCUGCUCAUGUAUAACACCAGCAACAUCUGGGUGUGCUACGUGUCCCUGGUGCUUUUCAGAGGCCUCCAUCAGUUCCUGGUGCCCAUCGCUACUUUCCAGAUUGCCUCAUCCCUGACCAAGGAGUUGUGUGCCCUGGUGUUUGGGGUCAACACCUUCUUCGCCACCAUCCUGAAGACCAUCAUAACUACCAUCGUGGCAGACAAGAAGGGCCUCGGGCUCCCCGUCCGGUCCCAGUUCCGAGUGUACUUUGGCUACUUCAUAGUGCUGGCCGUGGCCUAUUUCUCAGGGGCUGCGUACACAGCCGUGAGGCACUGUCGACAGAGCCGGCUCCAGGACAUCCCCUUGGCCAAUGAGCUGAGGAGCCCCGUGGAGAUGUCAGAGAAGACGCAGAGCCCGGAGGAUGAUGGCAUCACCGGUGUCCGUGCCUGAUGGGACAUGCCGGUGGUCAGAAGGACAGUCAUGCGUGCUCAACACUACCCACUGUCCUUUCCACCCUACAUAGGUGGGAAACGGGUCCAGAGGUGCUGCUGUGGCUUUGUCUCUUCUGCCACACCUCACACUGAAUGUACUCUCGUUAGCUGGGUUUAGCUUCAUGGUACGAGCACCUUGGGAAACCAAGGCUGGGAGCAUGACCAUAUUAGGGCGGACGUAUUAGUGUCCAUCAAUCUGAUCUUGUUACGGUUCUCAAAUCGUGGAUAACUCAUUUUUCUCAAUUUGGAUAAGAAAUAGUUCUUACCCAGACCAUGAAAUGAUGCCAUCCAAAGCCUCAGUCACUUGGCUUAGUUAGCUGGGACACCAUAUAGAGAACCAGCUGUAUCAGCUGCCCAAGGCCUUGCCCUAACCUUUGGCAUGGCAGCUGGGCCAAGCUUGAGACAAUCACAGUGGGCAUCUGCCCCCCCACACACACACACAUUCACACACACACUCAUUCACUCACACACACACACUCAUACACACACACUCAUACACACACACGUAUACACUUGUGUACAUACACUCACAUUCACACACACACUCAUACACACUUGUGUCCAUACACACACAUUCACACACACUCAUGCACAUACAUACACAUUCACACUCACUCAUGCACAUACACUCACAUUCACACACACUCAUACACACUUGUGUCCAUACACACUCAUGCACACACACUCAUUCACACGCUCAUAUGCACAUACACUCACAUUCACACACGUAUAUACUUGUGUACACAUACUCAUACACUCACAUUCACACAUACUCAUACACACUUGUGUCCAUACACACACAUUCACACACACACUCGUACGCCCAUACACACAUUCACACACACGUAUACACUUGUGUACACACACUCAUACACAUUUAUGUACACAUACAUUCACACACUCACACUUGUACACACUUGUGUACACACGCAAACACACACUCAUGCACAUACACUCACAUUCACACAGUCACACUCACACACAUUCAUGUACACACACACUCACACACCCAGGUUUGUUCACCGAAUACCUUUGAGGUACAGAUUAUUCUCCUGAUGGUGAGUUGUCCUCAUGCCCUUACACACAAAAGGGAUUUCCCAUAAAUAGCAGCGACCCUUCAGGAAUGCAGCAUUCCGCCUGCUUCCCCACUUGCUCACACCAGGCCUCCUGGUUUGCUGUGUCCCACCACCCCCUGCUUGGUGGCUUCUGGUUGCUGGAAGCUGCCUCAGACUCAAAAUGUGCCAAUUCGGGAAUGCCAAGCGCUGGUGAGGACAUCGUUCCUCUUUUGUCUAAUGGCUGAUUUCAACCUGCAUCUUUUAGGCCUGUGUAAAGAUGGGAGGAGGGAUGCUACUGCUUCAGACUGGCCCCUGUUCACCCCUGGCCCUGCCCCCCACACAACUUUGUGUCCGUGGAUCCAGCCUGGCCUGCAGUGUGAUGGCAAGAGGAGAUUACUGACCUUGAGGAAGGAGAGGCCCUGCUAUGUACACAGGGGUCUGCUAGGGAUAGGGAACAGGCUGGUCUUGGUCCCUUCCUGCUAUGUAUCUAAGCUGGAAGUCAUGGCCCCAGAAGGCACUCAGGUCCUGCCUAGAUAUCCACCCAGAGCCUUCCUGAAUCUUCAUCCCCUGGACAGUUGGCUGCCCUCAGCCCGUCCCAUUCUUUCCCAUUUCCACUUCCCUCCCUGCUGAGAAGCUCCCUGGACCAGCUGCCGGUCAGCCACUUGAGGAGGCUUGGGUGCUCCAUGAAACUACUCAGGCCUUCGGGAAAACUGUGAAAACUUCAGUUGCUUGUCUUGAAGAGGAGUUGUGUUUUUGCUGUUGAGACCUUCUGUCCCGUGAGAUUGUCCCUUGGCUCCCUCUGGCUGAAGAGCCGGCCACAUGGUCCUGUGUUUCUGGCUUCCUUAUGGCCUGACAUCCUGAUGAAUAUUAGGCUCGUCAAGCCACCUUGUGGAGCCUCAGUUUUCUCAUUUGUUAAAUAGGUUAAUACUGACCUACCUCACAGAAAUGUUUGGAGGAAAGAAGGGGCAUGUCUAGAUGCCAGUAACCCAACAGUAUUAUAUUCCCCUGAUCCCACAGAGUCCAGGAUUGGAGUCAGACCUGUGCCUCAGCUUCCCGCUCUGCAGUAAAGAAGCUGACUUCUUGGGCCCCGCCCACCCUGUCACCAUGGUCCUCUAAAGCUUAGGCAGCAGUAGAUACACACACCAGGCUGCUCCUGAGCUGAGAAACUCUGGGCCCCUCCCCAACCACCUCUCCCACCUCCCACUCCCAUCCUGCUGUAGUCUCCAUCCCUCACUCAGAGGAGGGCCCUCUUCUGAAACACCUAUGGGUGGGGAAGUGCUUUGUUUGAUAUGUGUUCAUUGGUUGAAUACCACAAAACGACUCUUUUUCAUUCUAAAUCCAGUUUUAUGAUGUAAGAAGAUUUCUUUUGUGUAAUAAACCAGUUCAUAUGCAGAAAGGA